GGCAAAGCCGAGAAUGGGACAAAAGAGCUGCGCGCAUUUUGCCACCUUGGCGAUGCCAUUCUGGGCCUUAACAUUUUAUCUUCUGGUGGUGGUGCCCGUACCCUCCCAGACAGCCAGCCAGCCAGCCAGCUUGGAGGUCGGCAAGGAGGAACGGCGACUGCAAGACUUCGAUCCCAAAAUGGCAGCAAACGCGGCAAACUCAGACGGACUGUCGUUGGCACGCUUCAGCAGCAGACGUCACCAGAGAUCCAUUGGACUAGGGUUCGGGCACAGGGGAGCGAUUAUCUCCCGGCCAGUAAUACCCAUCGAAUUGGACUUGCUGAUGGACAACGAGGACGAUCAAAGGACGAUGUCAAAGCGCUUUGAUGACUAUGGUCACAUGCGGUUCGGAAAGCGGGGCGGGGACGACCAGUUCGAUGAUUACGGUCACAUGCGCUUCGGACGAUAAACGCAACUGCAACUUUUGGAUAUGGGUCAGAGGUACCCGAGUUGUUUGCUUCUGUAAAUAUUAACUUAAACAAUGAUAUGCCCUAUACAACAUUAACGAUAGUCACAACAAGAUACCUUUAAUAAAUAUGCGCAUUCCCAAA